AAGAAGGGAAGACAAACGGUCCAUCAAAUAGCACGACGGGGAUGUCAAGCAUAUUCUGAUAUAGAAUUUGGUCCUGUAGAACGAGAGCAAAAGAGGAUUAGAGUGGAUGAAAGUGAAGCAGUUGAAGAAGCUUCUCCCCUUACCAUUCCUCCCUAUACCAGUGUUCAUAUUUCUCCAAAUGGCACUUUAUAUAAAACUCAACAGGAAUUAAAUCAUAUUUUGAAAAGUACCACUUCUGAACUCCAGCUGUUAAAUCAUCAGGAGUCGAGUUUCAAGAGCAAAAUCGUAAAGUUCACAUUGAAGAUAUGA